AUGUCAUCAGAAGAUUAUUUUUUACCGGAAAAUGACGGCUUGGCAAAUGACAAGAAACCAGAUAGAUCUAAAGUUAACGCUAUCUAUCUAUCUAUCUAUCUAUCUAUCUAUCUAUCUAUCUAUCUAUCUAUCUAUCUAUCUAUCUUCUUGAUGUCAUUUCUCUAUCUAUUUAUCUUUCUGAUGUCAUCUAUCUAUUUAUCUAUCUUCUUGACAUCAGACAAUAAUCUAUCUAACUUCUUGAUGUUAUCUAUCUAUCUAUCUAUUGUCUUGAUAUCAUCUAUGCAUAUAUCUCUUCUUGAUGUCAUUCUACUAUCUAUCUAUCUAUCUAUCUAUCUAUCUAUCUAUCUUCUUGAUAUCAUUCAUCUAUCUAUCUAUCUUCUUGAUGCCAUCUAUCUUUUUAUCUAUCUUCUUGAUAUCUAUCUAUCUAUCUAUCUAUCUAUCUAUCUAUCUAUCUAUCUUCUUGAUGUCAUCUAUCUUUUUAUCUAUCUUCUUGAUAUCUAUCUAUCUAUCUAUCUAUCUAUCUAUCUAUCUAUCUAUCUAUCUACUUGA